AGUUGUUUUUCAUGAGUCAGUCGUGAUAAGAAUAAUCUUAUCACACGUCUUUGAGCUGUAUAUAUACUAUGUCUUGCAGAUGUCAACAUCAUACACACAUUCACUUCUGAGGAAGCAAAAGUGUGUUCUAACUUGGAAUUGUCUAAAACAAAAUCAAUAUGAUGAAGAGCUUGAUUCUGGUUGCGGUGCUUGCCGCCUUAGCUGUCUUCAAUGAUGCAGCUACUCUUCAAAACGGUGCCUUCAGGGCUAACAUGUACCAGGGAGGCAUCAGGCCCGGAGACAGAUUACUCCACAGCAAUUACUACUACAAAAAUCCCAUCACCAACGCUGUGCAGUACCAAGAUAUCACCUACCGUGGCAACGCCAGCACCAGGAUCUCCUACAUCCAAGCCACUGAGGUCGGCUACACACAGUGGGGUAUCCCAUCCCUCAGGGCUGGUGGAGUCAACUACAACUACGCUACCAUCAGGCUGACUUCCCAAAGAGGCUACGGCUACUACUACCGUGUUGAGAUCUGGGGUCGUUAAGACCAAUAGCCACCGAUAGACCGCCUUAAAGACCUAAUGAUAUGAAAUUAAUUAGUAUUAAAAACAAUUGGUAUUAAUAUUGUAUUUAGGAAUGUAAGUGAACCUUAAGAAAAUUCUCAUUGUAAUAAAAUUAUUUAUUGUUAAUUUCA